GCCAUUUGCAAGUUUCAUUUGCCGGAUAAGCUACGUAACCGUAUGCAACAUGCCGAUUCUACCCCAGAAGUUUGUCCAGCAGCAAUUCAGAAUUCGUCGUGCCUCAACAUUACCGAGUCACUAAUAGCAAUUGCCAGGGAAAAUAUGUGCUCGAAAGUGGGCUUAUUUUACACCGAUGAGUGCAUCUGUACAAUAUGCGAAAACUUAUUUCAAAUAGCCAUCGUGCUGCCCAGAAAUCCACAGAGCAUAUUUAUGAAGCGUCUACGACUGUAUUGCGCAUCGCUGGAAUUCCUGGACCCGCCAUGCAAUAUGAUUGCGGAUCAGUACGACAAACAAAUCUAUGAGCUGUCAGCGGCGAAUAGCAACGAAACGACCACCUUUUUGCAGCAGUGUCAAACGCUGACUCUUUGUCGCUAA